AACAGAUAGUGUGGUUUAAAAUAGAUCAUUGUGUGUUUAAAGUGUGAGGGAAAUUAUACUCAGAUAAACAAUUUAAUAGUUAAUUACUAUGUUCUAUUGUUUAUCUCAUUAAGAUCACUUUAAUAUUCUGUACAUUACGUUUGUAUACGUGUUGUCUAGAGACGAUAAGACUACCUGCCAGCUAGUCGGUAGGGUUGGUUUUCGCUCCAUUUUGUGUGAUCAACUAUCGAUCUCGCUUCACAAAAAGGAUUAAUUGUCGAUUGAACAACUUGAUUUGGCCGGAUUAGCACAGUGAAAUAUCCACCACGGUUUAUUGUUUUCUGUAAAUGACAAGAUAAUACAUGCUAUUAACUAGCGUGUCAAAGUUUCGGAUAUAGAUCGGAUAAGAUAUCUAGAAUGGAUACGACGGAUUUCCUUAUACCGACCAGUAUACCAGACAUGGAUACACCUCGACGUGGAAAUUCAAGGGUAAUGCGGGAUCGUUCCAUCUCUUCGCGGGAACGAUCUGGUGUAAGAAAAUCGCGGCGGAAAUCGUCUGCGUUUCCGAAAACUGAGUGGGAAAUUAUGGAUAUAGAACGUGAUCGGAUGCAAACUCCCAAAACAUCUCGUCGUAUCGCCGAAAAACAUGCUGAAUUGGAAGUGGAGCAUAACUGGUUACUUAAAGAGGAAGAAGAUCGUAUAAAAGAAAAAUUGGCUCAGGCCACAAUUAAAUUGACAAUUUGUCUUCCAGAUAAUGAUCCUUUGGAUUCCAUCAAUCAGCGUCUAGAGGAGAUUCAGUCUAUGGUGAAACCUAGAGCAAAAAUACCAGAUUUCUUAACAGACUUAUCUUCUGAACAACUUGGUAAAAUCAUGACAGUGUCUGUGGAUGAUGUAGAAGAAAGGCGAGAGAAAAGAAGGAAGGCAUCGAAGGUUAUCGACAUGUUUAGACACGCCAUUCAAAUGAUUCUUAUGAUCAACAAAACAGCCAUUCCGAAAAAAAGAUAUCAUUUUCAAGAUGCUAGUCAACCUAAAAAUGUAGAAGAUGAUGAGAUAGCGUCCGCAUCAAGAUCUAGUUUGAGUAAUGAAGUACAGAUGGGAUUGUCAUCUUCACCAGAACAUAGAACUAGUAAAGAUCUAAAACGAAUAACGUGGGUAUUAAGAGCUACUAGGGCCUAUAAACAUUUAUUUCCUGAUGAAUUAGAGAAAGAUUUAGCUCAGAUUGUAGCUUAUGAAAGGUAUGAUGAUAAUAGAUUAAUAGCUAGUCAAGAUAAGGCACCAGAAAGAUUCUAUUUUGUACUCAAUGGUAGAAUACAGAAACUACGAGAAUAUCAACUAUCGUCUGGUUGUGUAGAUAAAUCAAUGGGUUUUAUCAAUAAAGGAAUGACAUCGUCUACCGAGCAGUUGAUAAAACAGUUUCCAAGAGAAUAUCAUUUAGUAGCUAAAGGUCCAGUAGAAGUGCUUAUAUUACAUAGAGAGGACUUUAUGAGGUUAAAAAUAACAACACAUGGUCCACCAAUAGAAUUUCUACGAACUAUAGAACUAUUUUCUGAAUUUCCCUGUGAAAAAGUAGUUUCUAGACCAGACUCUAUAGAAUUCAAGUACUAUGGACAAAAUACAAUAAUUGCAAAAGAUGCAUUUGAUACCCCGUGGAUACAUAUUGUUAAAUCGGGUCAUGUAAAAGUUGUCAGAGUUCAGUACGUAGUUGAUGUUACUAAUGAUUCAAUAUUUGAAGGACAGACGACAGAAGAACUGGGGUGUGGUCGAGCUUUUAGUCAUGCUUCUGCUAUGUUAGGUGUCAUAGCCAAACAAAGAGAACUAAAAGCUUUAAAAGAAGACGAGGGGGAAGAGGACGAUGUGAGGUUUUUUAAAUAUGAAAUUAAACCAUCAAAACAAUCAAUCCAUAGGAAAACUCCUAGGACAGAAAUUCACAAGAAAACGAGUCAAGAGAAAGUCAAACUUCCAGAAAUCAGCGUUCAGGAAAUUAAAGAGGAUUCUCAAUCGCCAUUAUCCUCUUCCCGAUCUUUAACUCUACCACCAAUCGUCAAAGCGACCAUGUCUACACCGAGAGUUGGAGAUGGCUUUCAUGCUCAUGGUACGUUUCUAACACGGGAAAAGACGGAAGUAGACCCACUUUUAUCGAGUCGUAGCCGUAAAAAAGAACAGACACACAGAAGAGCUUAUUUACAACUUGACGUGCUAUCACAAGGAGAUAUUUUUGGACUGGAGACAUUAGAUUCACCUCAAGUUAACCCUGUGAUAAAUGAAGGUCCGGCUGUCUCUUUGAUGAGUGACGGAGCAGAAGUUAUAAAAAUUAACAAAAGAUUCUUUUUACAACAUGCUCAAUAUAAUACCAUGUUAAAGGUUGAAACCUUGCAAAGAGAAUUUCUAACAACUGAAGAAGUGAAAUCUAUUUUAUAUGAUCAAGAAACGUGGACACAAUAUAAACAUCUAUUAAUGCAGAAGUUAAUCAGUAAUUUAUCGCCCAGGAAAUCACAUGUUACUACCAGCUGUUAAGUUUACGACGAACUGGAUAUUAGUCAUUCAAUUUGAUAAGUGACACACACGGCCGAGAUUUGAGACGACAUUCCGUUACUAUUACAUGUAGUAUGUAUAUGGAACAGAAAAUCCCAAAAUAUUUAAUUGUGAUACGUGAUUCUGUGAUAUAUUUGUUAUUGUUUACUUUUGUUUGUUUACAUAUUGUUUUGAUUAAAACUUGAUAUGAUAAG